GUUACACUUGCACACAGACAGAGGACUUUAAUUACUGUAUUUACCUGAUAAAUAUUCUGAAGAGCUGUGAAUUUUGCGAUUUAGGGUUGUGAAAAUGCAGAGGUGUUGUACGUCUGCGGGUCGAUCGGUGAUAGGUAAACGAUGGAUUUCUUCAUUGAACAACGAUAAGAUUGUGGCGUCGGUGCUGUUCGAGAGAUUACCAGUUGUUGUUCCCAAAAUCGAUCCAACUGUAUAUGCUUUUCAAGAAUUCUCGUUUCGUUGGAGGCAGCAGUAUCGGCGGGAGUAUCCAGAAAGUUUUCUGAAGAAGUCUGAUACCAGGGGAAAAGGUGAUUACCAGAUUGAUUAUAAGCCAGCUCCUCGAAUCACUGAAGCUGAUAAAACUAAUGAUAGAAGGUCAUUACAACGAGCACUAGACAAGAGACUCUAUCUUCUCGUUCAUGGUACCAGACAUGGCUCUCCUAGUGAAAAGCCUGUCUGGCAUUUUCCAGAAAAAGUUUAUGAGUCCGAAGAGACCCUGCGAAAGUGUGCUGAAUCUGCCCUAGAAUCGGUAAUUGGGGAUCUUUCACAUACAUAUUUUGUUGGAAAUGCCCCUAUGGGCCAUAUCGUCGUACAACCCACUGAAGAUAAGGAAAAGACAUCAUUUAAGCGCUUCUUCUUCAAAUCCCAAGUUAUUGCGGCCAAUAAAUUUGAUAUUAGGAAGUGUGAUGAUUUUGUCUGGGUGACGAAAGAUGAAUUGUUGGAAUACUUUCCUGAGCAAGCUGAAUUUUUGAACAAGAUGAUCAUCAGCUGAUGUUAGUUUCCAUUCCAACUUUAGCUUGGUAGGAUAGCAGAGUUAGCUUUGAUUAUAGGCUGAUGUUAAAAUCCAUUUGUUUCCACCAAUGUAACUUUGACAUCUGGAAAUGAUAUUAGAUCCUAAUUGUAAGAUCUGGCUUCAAGUUGCCAGUGCGCCAGGCCCUCUGACAGGGUUUGGAUUCAUCAAGUUUUGUAGAAUUUUGAAAAUAGGACACUUAAGAUUGUGACGGCCUUCUGCCUCCGGGUUCUCCAUACUCCUCUUUGUGAGAAGAUGUGCUCAAAACUCUGAAUUGUCCAUGCAAUUCGCUAGUAAAUGCUUGUAGAUGCAUGAUUUCAUCUCAUGUGAUGAAGUAAGCAAAAUAAAUUACGUGUUUGUUGUA